AUGGGUAAUCUUUCCAGUGAGUGGGUCACAGGCAUCAAUGGUGCAUGCAUUGCCAUCAUCAAUGGCAACGUCAGUGUAGUCACAUUGGCCGGUGGCGGUGUUGCAGGUGCCGAUCUGACAUCUGUUGGUGUUGGCGCUUGGGUCACAACAUCCACACUCGGUGCUGUUGAGUGCUCUAACCUGACAACCAAUCUGGGAGUCACAGGUGUAGGCAGUGCAUGGAGUUGGGUUGGAUGGCUUGCACACCUUGGACUUGGUGACACAACCGAGAGCAGCAUCACAAGAGUAGAGGAGACACUGGUCGUUGCCGGAGCAGUCGACUGGAGUGUUGGUGCAGGUCUGGUUGUUGGCGUUACAGACAGAGUUCAUGCAUGGAGUGGACUGGCACAGUGGCUGGUACUUGCAUCCACCUUGGUUGGAGUCACACAU